AUGCUCUCGCGUCUCACGACGGGCUUGUGCCCGCUAUAUGCGGUCGUGUCGGCGCGGCAUGCCACACUUGUCACGUGUUGGCGUCACGCCAGCCGCGUGGGUGGCAAGCAGCAACGAGACCAGAAGCAGCCACAGAAACAACGUCGCCAUCGAGCACUCGAGGCGGUCGUACGUGAUGUGGCGGGGGGCCAGACACGCGCACCGGUGGCGGUCGCUGCUGCGCUGGGUGCUCAGCCGCUGGCCCCACCAGCGCCGUCACCGCCAGUGAAGAGGAAUAAAAAGAAGGACGCCAGCAGCAAGAAUAGUGGUGAGAAGGCAGCCUCUGUUGGCACCGCGGCGAAGCGAAGGGCCAAGGCAGCGGCGGGAGAAGUCUCUGCUUCGGAAGCGGCAGCACGACUGAGGGGGAAGAAAAGUAAGGCCGUAGCAGCGGGGGGUGAACAACGCCAAGACGAAAUCAAUGACGCUGACGACGGCGAUGGUGAUGAUG